CCUUAAUCAAGCUGUCGUCCAACCAAGAUAACGACAAACAAAACAGUCGUCAUUGCGCUUCCUCUGAUCCCCCAUUACCUUCCCAGCAUACACUCCAACAGAUCAAUCCAUCCGAUCGGUCACCGUUCCGUCCCUCGCCAUGCCUUCGAACGCGUCGUUGACCCCGGCUCAACAACGCGAAGCUGAGGAGAGAAUCCUGAGGAGGGUGGAAAUUUCCAAGAUGUCGAGAAACCUGAAAACACGUCUCAAUCUCGCCAUGUACAAGACUCAACGUGGGUGGGAAAAUCUGCCGCUGGCGGCUAUCGAACCUAAGGUGGCUGCAGAAUCGGCUAGACGAAAGGAGUCGUCCUCAGGAGAGUCACCUACACGAACGUCUGACUCCGAGUUCCUCGUUCCGGGAUUGCCAAGUCCCUCGAAGAGACGCAUUCUGGGUCUUGCAGAUGGCGAUCGUCUACCGCCCAUUUCCCUACCUUAUGAAAAACCCCGCUCGGCGACGAAGCGUAUCAGAAGAUCGAGCGCUACGGAACAUACGGAUCACCUCUUUAACACCGCCUGGCAAAACUCUCAACGCCUCAACCACUCUCAAUCAUCCCCCAUUCGCCGACCUCAACCAGGUGUUGAUAGCGAUCCACCCUCCGAUCUGGUCCUCGGAUCAUCACCUCCACGCACCCCACCAAGGAAGGCAUCCUUCAGACCAAACGGUAUGAAAGAAACCGAAGAAGGAGCCGAUUUACUACUCUUCUUGGCGACGAGUCCGAGCCCGGCUACCGGGACCAUUCAGAGACACCAUACGAACUCUUCUAUGCCACCGACUUCCUCACCGAUGAUCGCACCGCAGACGCCCGGGAAUGGCUUCAAUUUCGCGGAUUAUGUGAAUAUCAACACGCCCUCCCCCGGUGGGAUGUUUGCGCGUACACCUGGGACGAUCAGGAAUGCGCGAACGCCUGUAGGAACGGGGUGGACGCCUGGCGGUGUUACGCCUUCUGCGAGGAGAAAGUUGAAUUUCGACAGUGCCGGGAUCCUGGGUAGUCCGGCACGGGCCAACAUUGGUGUUCCACUGGAGCUUGGUGCCGAGUUGAACAGGGAGCUGUCAAAAGCUUGAUCUCUCGCUUUUCAGACCAUUGCAGAGGCAAAAGAACAAUAUAGAUUAGCUUGGGACGCUUCGGCUUGGAAAGGAUAGGUGUGCGUUUUUGGAGUCGGCUCAAUUGAUCGAGGUUUCGGAGGUUUCUUGGUGGGAAGGAGUUUCAUGUGCUUGGCUGGCCCAGAACGUGGAAUUGGACUUUAAGGCAUCUACUCUAUCGCGAUAAAGAUAAUACUAUCAUAUUUUGGAU